GCUUCCGUGUGCGCGUUCAGCUCUUCCUGUGAGUCUGUUCAGUUGUGCGCGCGACAGAUGUUGUAGUCGGUAAACGGAACAAACAUGUUGAUCAUCAGUAACCGGGUAAAAUUAUGUUCGCUGGCGUUUACCGCGGCGCGCAUGUACACCACCGGAGCUCAAGCUAACAACAACCCAGUGGUGUUCUUCGACAUCGCGGCGGAUAACCAGCCGCUCGGCAGGGUCACCUUCGAGCUGAAUGCAGACGUUGUGCCCAAAACAGCAGAGAACUUCAGGUCGCUUUGCACAGGUGAACAUGGAUUUGGAUACAAAGGCUCCAUCUUCCACAGAGUGAUUCCACAGUUCAUGUGUCAGGGAGGAGAUUUUACAAACCACAACGGAACCGGAGGAAAAUCCAUCUAUGGAGCGAGAUUUCCUGACGAGAACUUUAGACUGAAACACACCGGACCAGGUAUUCUCUCUAUGGCUAACGCUGGACCCAACACAAACGGAUCCCAGUUCUUCAUAUGCACCGUUAAAACGGAGUGGUUGGAUGGACGGCACGUGGUGUUCGGCAGCAUUAAAGAAGGGAUGGACGUGGUGAGGAAGGUUGAAGCUUUGGGUUCUCGAUCUGGCAGAACCGCCAAGAGAAUCAGCAUCACCGACUGCGGAGAACUCAAGUAGAGAGUCACUGAAACGCUGAAGCUGAAGCAAAUAACGCACUCACCCUCAUGUUGUUCCAAACCCGUAUGCUGGAGAAUUUUCCCAUUCGGCUUUACUUAAGAAAUGCGUUUUCUAAAUUUUUCCUUUUGUUUUGCAUGGAAAAAUAACCGCUUUGCAACUACAUGAGGGUGAGUAAAUAAUGACUGACUUGAUAUAUUUGAACGAACUAUUUCACUGUGAAAAACCUCCUUUUCGGGGCAAUAAUGCGCAUUUGUUUUGUCGAGCUUCCGUUGUUAUCGCACACAUUUCAAGCAAUAAAGAUGAGAGCAAUAAGAGAUCCUGUCUUAGUGGUUUAUUUGC